ACUCACAUCCUCCGAGACAGAGAAAAUGUCUUUUCAUGUGUUCAGUCCCAUAGAGGCGCAAUGAUGGCCUUGGCUGGAAAUGCAAUUGCUGACUUUUAUUCUUAGACAGUGACUCGCAGCUGUGUUUGACUGAGUGCAAUUGGACUGUGGGUGGCAGAACUGAACCUAAACUCGAGGCUUUACUUAAUUCCCAGCGCUGUCAAGAAAUGGCUUUAAGAGCCUCCACCCCGCACCGCAGCCGGCCGGGCUCCGUGAAGGGUGCGGGGAAGCAGAGCCCGCUCCGCCUUAGCCGCCUGCAGGAGAAGGAGGAGCUGCGGCAGCUCAAUGACCGGCUGGCCGCCUACAUCGAGCGGAUCCGCUGCCUGGAGGGCGAGAACCAGGCGCUGCUGCAGCGGCUCACCGAGUCGCAGGAGGCGGACAGCUCCGAGUUCCGCAUCACCCGCUCCCUCUUCGAGACCGAGCUGGCCGACGCCAGGAAGCUGCUAGACCGGACGGCCAACGAGAGGGCUCGGUUGCAGGUGGAGCUGGGCAGAGUCUCCGAGGAGCACCGCCACUUACAGGAGAGAAACACUAAAAAAGAAUCGGAGUUGAAGUCUGCUUUGGCCCGAGUGAGAGUUCUGGAAGCUUCACUGAAUUCCCAAGAGGCUCAGUUGGCGACAUCUCUGAACGAGAAAAAGAACUUGGAGAAUGAGCUGUCUGAAGUCAAAGCUCAGCUCGCUGACAUUAAUUCGAUUGCCAAUGAUGCCAAAGCACAAUUACAAAGUGAAAAAUUACAAAAAUGUGACUUGGCAAACAGGGCACAAACGUUACAGGAAGAGCUCAAUUUCCAGAAAAGCCUCUAUGAGAAGGAAAUCGUGGAAACCAAGAGGCAGCAUGAAGUUAGACUACGAGAAAUCGAGGCUGGUGGUCAGCAGGAAUAUGAGAGCAAACUAGCUGAGGUGCUUCAACAGCUAAGAGGAGAUCAAUAUGAACAAAUCAAACAGUACAGGGAGAAAUUGGAAGGAAACUUUCAUGCCAAGCUUGAGAGUGCCCAGCUGGCUGCUGCAAAGAACAACGAUUUCGCUAAUGCCGCAAAGGAAGAAGUGGUGGCAGCAAGAAUGAGGACGGACACCCUAACGUCUCAGCUUCAGCAAUGUCGCAAUCGGGUUUCUGCCCUGCAAACGAAAGUUCAGGACCUGGAGACGGUGUUAGAUCGUGAGAAGGCCAUUAGCCAACAGCGGAUAAUAGACAAGGACCAAGAAGUUGCUGAAAUUCGUGAGAAAAUGCUGAUCCAGCUGGAAGAUUAUGAAGAAUUACUUGGUGUGAAACUGGCAUUAGACAUGGAGAUAAAUGCCUACAGGAAGAUGCUGGAGGGAGAGGAACAAAGACUUGACUUGACCCCCAGUCCAUCUUCACGUAGUGUGGCACGCACCUUAAGUCGUGUCACUUCAAUCCGAGGAAAGAAGAGGAAAUUGUCUGAAGCCGAGAUUGCCAGCUGCAAUUGUGAAACACAUGAACAUGUGUUUUCCAUAGGAAAGGUUAUUCUAGAAGAAAUUGACAAUGAAGGAAAAUUUGUCAAAUUAAAGAAUAUUUCUGAUAAGGAUCAGCUAUUAAGUGGAUGGACUAUAAGAAGACAAUUUGAGGAUUUGACCCAGAUUUCAUUCAAAUUUCCUGCACGUUUUACACUUAAAGCUAGGCAAACUGUAACAAUCUGGGCUGCAAAUUCUGAUAAUUCCCAACGUCCUCCAGUUGAGUUGGUGUGGAAGGGACAGAAAUCCUGGGGAACAGCAGAUGAUAUGCGGGUGAUUCUCCUCAAUGCUAGUGGAGAGGAGAUGGCUGCACGCACUCUUGUGCAAAUACCAGGAAUAUUGGAAAGAAAAUCAAGAGACGAAGACUAUGAAGAUGCCAGUGAGGACAGAAAGCGGAUUGAAUAUAGUCCAACGAGCCAUGCUGAGAAUGAAGACCCAAGCUGCACUAUAAUGUAAGAGCUAAAACUUAAGAUGGUCAGAACUGAAUCCUUUAGUAGAUGAAUAUAUAUCUGAUUAGUGUUUUUUUUAAUGAUUAUUGAAUGUAACACUGCUUUUGAAGGAAUUUUUGAUUUUAAAAAAAAUGAGUGACUGCUUAUUGGGAAGACCUUAUUGAGUGAAGUAAUCUUGCCAUCAAAAGGUUUCCGUUAACCAAGUACUGUAAGGUUCAAAAUUUUCAUUGUGCUGAAGCAUUCUGUAAGUGCAAGAACAACUUGUGUUAAUUUAGUUAUUUAUAUGUUCAAAAGCAAUGUUAUCAAGAAAAUCUGCUUAAACAAUUAUGAUUCCAGUUUCUGAGCGCCCUGAUAAGUACUCACUUAUUCCAGAGGAUGACAGCACAGCCCUUUGGACAACUCCAGUUGAAACUUUUGACUAUUUUGUUUUGCACAUAAUGUAAUCCAAUAUUGAAUCAAUUACAGUCAGAUGUGGAAUGGAGCCAACUCUAACCUGAAUGGUUUCUGUUUAAUGUAAACCAUUAAUCUUUUCCAUUUCAGAUAUGAGGGAAAUUAAUCCUUCCAAGUAAAUGUUCCUUCAGAUAGAUGUUCUCAAUAUUAGGGUCCCAUUAAAGUGUCUCAUUGUAUGUUUUUGUCAAAAAAUACUGCUGAGUUGUGAAGUUCAGGAAGUUUUGUUUUACUUUGGCUUAUGAUUCAUUCAGACAUCUGUUUAAAUGAAAAUGAUACACAAGUGUCAUAAAAUGUUAAUUGCUCCAACUGAAAUGUGAUAAACUCUGGAGAAAUUAUGCAAAGACUCAAAAGUGGCCUUUAUAAGUGUUUCAACUCAGCAAUUUUAUUUUCAUUUGGGCCUGUUCUCUUUGAUCAGUGUUUCUUCCCCCCGAUUUUACGCCAGUGGAAUUUUACAGUCCCACUGAAGUCUAUGAACUUUUGAAUGGCUCACCGCAGCUUCUGGCCCCACCCACACCGUGCCAGAACCAUUAAAUUCUGCAUACAAUUUCCAUCUAUCGGCUGUGAUCAAGCUGUGUUUAGAUGUGCGCUACACAUUUGUUAAUUCCUGAAAAAAUUCUACUAAAUCUCAAGAUUUAAGCUGUAGUCACAACAAAUGAACUCUUAAAUGCUGCUUCAUGAACUUUCUCCAGAAAUCAGAUAUUUUAAUUUCACCCAGCUGUUAUAUGUAUUCGCUUAUCCACUUGUUUGACAUCACCUACCUACAAAAAUCUCGACGUUACUCUUCUCCCCACCUCCUUUCCUACCUUUUUGUCUUUCCUCUUCCGUCUCUCAUCUUUUAAGUAAAACAAUACAAAUAGGAAAAAAACAGCCUUGUUUGCACAAAUCUACUUGUCGUGCUACUUAUUGUCAUUGAUUUCAGAUUAGGAUGUCUUAUUUCUAUAUUCUUUGUAUCGAUGAAUAAAUUGUUAUGUAAAUGAGGAUUUUACAGUGUAUCCAUCUGCAAAUUAUUUAUGAACAAAUAUUAACUUGAAGUUUAAAAUUCACUAUAAAUAAAUUUUUUUGUGGUUAUA